AUGCAAAAGUUUAGAAUAUUUGUUUUAUUUUUUAUCGUAUAUAUCUCCUGUUUUUUGGGCCAAUCAAAGAAAAAUGAUGAUGAUAUAAUUAUUAUGGACAGUUCCGAUGACUCCGAUAGGAAGAAUAGUGAUCCGAUAGAAAAUGAAGGUCCUAUAAAUGAUAACGUGGACAAUCCACUACAUGAUAAUAUACAGAAUAGCACAAGUAAUAGAAUACAAAAUGAUAUGCAUAAUAUGCAUGGAUUACAUGAUUUGUAUUUAUAUUCAUGGUAUAGAGGAGAUAAGAAAGCAUUUUACGCGAAAAUAGCAGUUUUUAUAUUUAUUUUAAUUAUUGUUAUUGCUAAUGCAAUCAUAUCAAGGAAGACAAAUAAAAUGAUCGCCCUUUAUUGGUUACGAACUUGUAAAGAUAUAUUUUUACAACAGUUUGCAAAAAUUGGUGAUGAUAAAUCAUUUUUAUUGGAAAGAUCAUAUCAUAAUUAUGAUUUUCAAUGUACUGGUCGAAAAAAUUGUAAUUAUUAUUUUGUAAACUUAAGCCUAAUUAAAAGACAAUGUAUUUGGAGAUAUUAUCUUUUAAAUUAUUUUGUAAACCAACAUGAUACUAUGUAUAUAGCUGUCAACUUUGAUAAGCUCGAUAAAAAUGUUUUAUGUGUAUAUAAAAAACAUCAAAAAAAAAAUAUUGAUUACCGUUUUCCAAAUAUAAAUAAAUAUACAAAAUUAAUGGAUAAAUCAGAAUUAAAAAAAAUAUAUGAUAUUAAAGCAGACUCAUCUGAGAUAGUCAAUCUAGUGCUAAGUGGAAAAAUUUUAAACUUUUUAAAUACUUAUGAUAAAUAUAUAAAUUAUAUGUGUAUCACCGAUAUACCAUUAUAUGAUGUGGAAAAUAGAAUUCCUGAAAAAAAAGAAGAUAACAAGCAAAUAGAAAAACAUAACUUUUUAUUUUUAAGUUUUGUUAUCCCCAAAAAUCCAGAAGAUUUACGCACAUUAAUCAACUUUUCUAUUUACAUGAUCGAUGCUUGUCAUUGCAUUGAUCUAUCAGAAAAAACACGAGAUAAUGUAAAAAAAAUAAGGAGUAUUGUUGAAAAGGAAGACGAAAGAAGAAAACAAGAAUUAAGAGAAUUACAAGAAAAAAAAAAAGCAAAAAAGUUACAGGAGGAAAAUGAAAAACUUAGUAAAAUGUCACCAGAGCAACAAAGAAAGUAUGAAGAGAAAAAACAAAAAAAAAAUAUGAAAAAAAUGAAGAAAUUUAAAAUUAUAAAAAUAUAA